GAUUCUCCACUUUCUUCUACUUGACACUGGGUGGUGUCAGAAUGCAUUCAGAAAGAUGAACUAAUGGCAUAUUGCGAUCGGAUUAUUUGUUAUAUGAAUUUAUGUCUUUUAUUUUGAAUUAGCCACCUAGCUUGUGACAGAAAGCCUAGUACACCACCCCCAUUUCCAGCCUUUGGUGAUGGAUUUGCAAUUUAAUGCGGAAUGCAUCGAUCGUCAUAAUACCUACCGGCAGUUACACGGUUGCCCUCCAUUACAAGUCGACUUCCAUCUGGCCCGAAUGGCACAAGCACAUGCGCAAAAGUUGGCCUGCGCGCAAACGAUUGAGGCCGCCCGGUUGUACAGCAUAGGUGAGAAUGUGCAUCUCCACAUUGGUUCGCCUAGCGUCAGCGGAAGAAACGUGGUUGACGCAUGGUACUCGGAAAUAAAAAGCUUCAGAUUCCGAGAGGAAAAGCAAAGACAUUCGGCCCACUUCUCACAACUCAUUUGGAAAUCGACCACUCGGGCCGGUUUCGGGCGGGCCACAGCCCGUGGACGUUGCGCAGUGUUUGUAGUCGGACUGUAUUAUGAGAAAGGAAACGUACCAGGCCAGUACACUGAGAAGGUCCCGCCAAGACUGGACGGAAACAUUCCUCCGGAUGUAGAAAGAGCGAAUUGGUGGCAACCAUUGGCUAUCAUACCGAGCGAAAUCAGUUGAACAAACAUCAUCCAGUGCUUGUAGACGAGUCAAUUGCAGAAACAUUAUCAUUAAGUGCUUAAAGAACUUUUGGCGCAUUGUAGUAUCUCAUUUUGAUUUUUGCCUCAGUUUGCUUAUCUUUAAGUCUAAUUCGAUAAAAUGGGAUUCUCUCCUU